ACACGCCUCGAGUGUAAUCAAUCGAAAGGAUUAGCGCGUGUCCUGUACAUUGUCAUCCUGCUAGUCGACCGGACUGGGAGUUUCAAUCACAACGGAAAGCCGGUUUCAGACUGAAGUUUUUCUCCACGGUGAGAAGUGUCAUAAGGGCAGACGCAGGAGGGUCAUGAGCGAGAGGUUUGUGGUCGUCCGUGUCGGUCAGGAUGACGACGGGGUCAAAAAUGAUCCUGUACCUGAUAGCGGAGGGGCUGAAGGCGACUCCAUAGACCCACAAGAUUCUGUUCCUAUCCUCGAGUACAGUAGAGAGCCCAACAGAUACGGCGAUGGCAUGCCAAAGGAAAGCAGUCCCUUCAUUAACAACACAGACCAUGACAAAGGGAAUCUAUAUGAUGGGAAGAACAUGGCCCUCUUCGAGGAAGAGAUGGACAGCAACCCCAUGGUGUCCUCGCUGCUCAACAAGUUGGCCAACUACACCAACCUCACUCAGGGGGUCAAAGAGCACGAGGAGGCAGACGAUGAGGAGGGGCCAGCCAGGAGUAAGAAACCAGUCAAGAGUCCCGCGUUGGGCACAUUAAUUGGGGUGUACCUGCCCUGCCUCCAAAACAUCCUGGGGGUCAUCCUGUUCCUGCGUCUCACCUGGAUCGUGGGAACCGCCGGCAUCAUGGAAUCCCUUGCCAUUGUGGUCAUGACCUGCUCCUGUACAAUGCUGACAGCCAUAUCAAUGAGUGCCAUCGCUACGAAUGGUGUAGUUCCAGCUGGAGGCUCCUACUACAUGAUCUCAAGGUCGCUGGGGCCAGAGUUCGGCGGGGCUGUGGGGCUCUGCUUCUACCUGGGGACCACCUUUGCUGGCUCCAUGUACAUCCUCGGUACUAUAGAGAUUCUGUUAACCUACAUUGUGCCUAGUGCGGCCAUCUUCAAGGCAGAGAAGAAGGAGAAUGAGCCGGAGGCACUGCUCAACAACAUGCGGGUGUACGGCACCUGCUGCCUCACCCUCAUGUCCCUGGUGGUGUUUGUGGGGGUCAAGUACGUCAACAAGCUGGCCCUGGUCUUCCUGGCUUGUGUCAUCCUCUCCAUUCUGGCCAUCUACGCCGGAGUCAUCAAGACCGCCUUCGAACCGCCAGACUUCCCUAUUUGCCUGUUGGGGAACCGCACGUUGCAGAACCACAACUUUGACCAGUGUUUGAAGACGAUGGAGGUGGACAACGUGACGGUCACCACCAAGCUGUGGUCCCUGUUCUGUGACUCUCCGGACCUCAACGCCACCUGCAACGAAUACUUCACUCUCAACAACGUCACUGUGAUCCAGGGAAUCCCCGGCCUGACCAGCGGGGUCAUCAGAGACAACAUCUGGGGGGACUACGGUCCUAAAGGCAUGUUGGUAGAGAAUAAGCACCAGGUGUCAGAGCCGGCUGCAGACACCUCCCAGGAUAUAUACAUGCCCUACGUGGCCAAUGACAUCACCACCUUCUUCACCCUGCUGGUGGGCAUCUACUUCCCCUCCGUCACAGGAAUCAUGGCUGGAUCCAACAGGUCUGGUGAUCUCAGGGACGCCCAGAAGUCCAUCCCCAUAGGAACCAUCAUGGCCAUCGCCACCACCACCUUCAUCUACAUUAGUUCUGUCAUACUGUUUGGCGCCUGCAUCGAGGGGGUGGUGCUGAGAGACAAGUUUGGGGACUCUGUCAAAGGGAACCUGGUGAUUGGCAUCUUGGCUUGGCCCUCCCCCUGGGUGAUUGUGAUUGGCUCGUUCUUCUCAUGCUGUGGAGCAGGUCUACAGAGUCUCACUGGAGCCCCCCGGCUGCUGCAGGCCAUCGCAAGGGACGGCAUCGUGCCAUUCCUACAGGUGUUUGGUCAUGGAAAGGCUAAUGGAGAGCCCACCUGGGCCCUGCUGUUGACUGGUGGGAUCUGUGAGAUCGGUAUCCUCAUCGCUUCUCUGGACGCUGUCGCCCCCAUCCUCUCAAUGUUCUUUUUGAUGUGCUACCUGUUUGUUAACCUGGCCUGUGCCCUCCAGACCCUGCUCUGCACCCCCAACUGGAGACCCCGCUUCAAGUUCUACCACUGGGCUCUGUCUUUCCUGGGCGCCAGUCUGUGUGUCUCCCUGAUGUUCAUCUCCUCCUGGUACUAUGCCCUGGUGGCCAUGCUCAUCGCUGGCUGUAUCUACAAGUACAUUGAAUACAGAGGGGCGGAGAAGGAGUGGGGGGACGGUAUCCGUGGUCUAUCGCUCAACGCUGCCCGCUACGCCCUCAUUCGCCUGGAGGAGGCACCGCCCCACACCAAGAACUGGAGGCCCCAGAUGCUGGUGCUAUUGAACCUGGAGUCUGACCACACGGUGAAACACCCACGCCUGCUCUCCUUCUGCACCCAACUCAAAGCAGGGAAAGGCCUGACCAUCGUGGGCUCUGUGCUGCAGGGCACCUACAUGACCAAGGAGGACGAGGUCAAGAAGGCUGAGCAGAACGUCAAGUCGUCGAUGGCGACGGAGCGUACCAAGGGUUUCUGCCAUGUGGUGGCAUCGUCCAACCUGCGCGAUGGUUUCUCCCACCUCAUCCAGACGGCAGGCCUGGGGGGCAUGAAACACAACACAGUCCUCAUGGCCUGGCCCGGCACCUGGAAACAGUCUAAUGACCCUGUCUCCUGGAAGAACUUCAUAGAAACUGUGAGGGAGACCACGGCUGCAAAUCAGGCAUUACUGGUGGCCAAGAACGUGGACAGCUUCCCCACCAACACGGAUCGCUUGGGCGAGGGCACCAUAGACGUGUGGUGGAUCGUCCACGACGGAGGACUGCUCAUGCUGCUACCCUUUCUCCUCCGCCAGCACAAGGUCUGGAGGAAGUGUAAGAUGCGUAUCUUCACGGUGGCUAAUAUGGAUGACAACAGUAUUCAGAUGAAGAAGGACCUGCAGAUGUUCCUCUACCACCUCCGUCUGGACGCUGAGGUGGAGGUGGUGGAGAUGCACGACAGCGACAUCUCAGCCUUCACCUAUGAGAAGACCCUGGUGAUGGAGCAGCGCUCUCAAAUGCUGAAACAGAUGCAGCUGUCGCGGACGGAGAGGGAGAGAGAGAUUCAGAGUAUCACCGACACGUCGCGUAGCUCCAUCCGGAGGAAGAACCAGACCGGAGCCUCGGGCUCCGAAUCUGACCCCAGUCGACAGCUGGAGGGCACACAGGAGGACGAGGCCCAGCUGAUCCACGACAGAAACACGGCGUCCCAUGCCGCGCUCAAUGACAAGCCCGACACCGGCCCUGACAGAGUCCACAUGACGUGGACCAAGGAUAAGUUCCUCUCCGAGCGCAACCGCAACCGCUCCGAGGUCAACAUGGGUGUGCGCGACCUCUUCAACAUGAAGCCAGAGUGGGAGAGUCUGAACCAGUCCAACGUGCGCCGGAUGCACACUGCGGUCAAGCUGAAUGAGGUGGUGGUGAACAGGUCACAAGGAGCCCAUCUGGUCCUGCUCAACAUGCCGGGACCGCCCAAGAACAGAGGGGGUGACGAGAACUACAUGGAGUUCCUGGAGGUUCUGCUUGAGGGUCUCAACCGGGUCCUCCUGGUCCGCGGGGGCGGCCGCGAGGUCAUCACUAUCUACUCUUAAAUGCUCAUUCCCACGAAAUGGCCACGGCAAUAGAUGGCAUUUUAGGGAGAAAUAAUCCUUUGGGUUGCUGUGGGAUUGUCGGAGGGGGGUGGGCAUGGUAUUGGACAGAGGACUUCUUGACCUCGGAAGGGACGACCAGUCAGGGUUGUGUGAUGUGAUAGCAUCGCCCUGAUUCGUGGAGAGCACAGAUGUCCUGGGGCCUGCCUAUCACACCCAAGCGACUGGAGGAUACAGUAUUCAUACACUUUAACUUUUAAUUUGACACGUGUUGAUGUUUAUUGUUCAGAUUUUCUUAUUCUCUCCUCACUCUCUGUCUCUCUGUGUGUGUGUGUUGAGUUGUCAUGUAUGUUCAUGGUAAUUGUGUACCAUGGAUCCUAGUCAUGUGUAAUGCACUAUGUAGGGAAUCAUCAUUUAGUUUGUCCUCAUUUUGGUUCAAAUUGAUGUCACCCGGCUGCCUCUAAGGUAUCUCUCAGCUCAGAAAUACAUCUCCUAUGAACCCUGAAAUAGAUUAAUAUUUCCUGGUCCAUCUAAUAUCGGUAUGAACCAAAUAGAAACAUUUUGCCUUGGAAUAUCAUGCUUCAGUGAAUCGUUGCAGUAUCCUAGCCCACAGCAGAGCUCUGUUAGAGUGGAUGGAGGUGGCAAGUCCAAAACAAAGCAUACUUUUAUUUCAAAUCUGUCCCACACAUCAAGUUGUUGCUAUAGCUUUCCUGAGCUCCGUUGUCCCUUGAUUAUUAAAGGUGGGGGUCACAUUAGGAGCUCUUCCGUCCUACUGGUACAUUCUUAUUUCUCUGAAUCUACUCGCAGAGGAGUUCUGUCAACCUCACUUCCAAUUGAGGAAGUGAGGAGGUUUAGCUCAUAAGUGGAUGGGUCCACCAGUUUGGACUAGGGUUCAUUCAUUUAUUUCAAUUGUCAAGGGAUUAAUUGUUAAUGUUGCUUGUGCUAAUUGUCAGCUCGUUGUUGUUGAGUGCAGCACAAUGUCUGAAAGAGGUGUGUGUGGUGGGGAGGGGGGGCUUUGGCAUGGGAUAGGCCAAGGAUUUGGCUGUGCAAUAGAUGCUGUUGAUGUGGUGACUUGCAGACAUCUCACUAAGCCCUGAGACACUGAAGGUGGUCCACCUUGCCUGGGAGGUCUCCUAAAUGGACCCUGUGGUAUUGGCUCUGUAGCAUUGGUCAAAGCCCCCCAAGUACAGCCGUUGCAUUGGGAAGAUAGCCAUACUAUAUACUAUUGUAGUUAGCCCUUGUUGACUGUAUGUUACAAACAGUACACCGCAUUACGCAUAUUUAUAUAAAGAUUCACAAAGUUGCUAUUUAUUGGAAAUUGUAUUCAAGGGUGCAGGGUAUGGAAAUGACUUUUUUGUUGUAAAGAUCCUAUGUUCAGGAGUGCUGGUUUAAAUUCACGUGCUGUUCCACAGCUUAACAAGUCUAGGACAACUGGGGUCAUUAAGGUACUUCCCCUACCAGAGCCCUUUAGAUCUAUGCAUCAACGUACAGGGCAAAUCAUGAGCUGGUUUGACACUACAGCUCAAUCUGACCUAAUCAUCAACUAAAAUAAUUGGUCAAUUGUCUUCGACCCUCAAUCAGAAACAAAAGGUUGUUGUUGGAGCCAUCGUGCCAAACAGUGUGCCCCCCCCCUCCGGCCAAAUAGAUAUAGCAACGGAUGCUAAUGGUUUAGAGGGGCACACUAUUUGGCAUGACAGAACCACUGUUUUGUCCGUUUUAGGUGUCAUUAGGGACAUCGUCAACACACAGCAUUUUGCUCCGUCUUUUUGAUUUUCUGUUCACUGCAUAGUUUAGCUCUGCUAAUAGACGUCUUUAGGCUGGGGAUGCUAUCACAGGGGUUGGGUUAAAUGCAGAAGACACAUUUUAAGUUGAAUGCAUUCAGUUGUACAACUGACUAGGUAUUUCCUCCCUUUCCUUGUAAUACAGUGACCACUACAUUCACAUGGUUGGGAUUUGUAAGUAUCACUUGUCUAUCGCAGGACACCAAACCAAGAUUCUGUACUGGAAUAGAAUAGACGGGAAGAGUGUCAUUAUGAAGUAGCUCUGAACCAUCACUGUUUUCUCUCUCUGGAGAUGAGCAUGCAGAGUGGGGGGCCAUAGGAUGUGGGGUCCAUAUAAAUCAGCUGAUCACACUGUUCAAUGUCAGCCUUUGUUCUCCUAUUAUUUGUAUGCUUAUUCUCUAGGUUUCAUGUCAGCUGACCCCGAUGAAUCGACUUUGUAUAGGAAGAAGCAAAAUAGACUGUGAAAGUAUAUGUUUGGCAAUGUCAGCCACAGCGUUAACAGACUGAGGUGCUUUUAGGGCGGGGCGAGAUCACUUUCAUCUGUAAAUACAUUAUAAUGCAUUGUAACCACUUAAUUAUUUUGAUUUGGAAACACAGAUUUACACACAUUUGAACACAAAUUAUUAGCUAAAAGAAAAUGUUGAGUUUCUGGUUACAAAAUUGAAAAGGCACUCUCGCACAUCUGAGCUCUCUUUGUAGCAGGUGCAUGGUAACAGUUGAAUAAGAUGAGGGGGAAAUAAAAGAGAGCUCUGACGAAGGCCUUGAGGACGAUACGUAAAGCUUAAUAAAGAGAGCAGUGAUACCAACGAGCAGUAUGCAGGUUCCUAGUUACAAAAUUACUUCCUUGUAGGCUGCAUAUUAACAGUGGGAGGCAAUGGCAUCUGUGAUUUCUAGGGCACAUGAAGGCUACUUCUAUAGGCAACUGACGCCAGAUAUAGGAAACUAUUGGGACAAAGGAAUUAACCAAUCCCCCUGGGGCGGCAGCGUAGCCUAGUGGUUAGAGUGGAGGGGCGGCAGCGUAGCCUAGUGGUUAGAGCAUUGGACUAGUAACCGGAAGGUUGUGAGUUCAAAAACCCCCGAGCUGACAAGGUACAAAUCUGUCGUUCUGCCCCUGAACAGGCAGUUAACCCACUGUUCCCAGGCCGUCAUUGAAAAUAAGAAUGUGUUCUUAACUGACUUGCCUGGUUAAAUAAAGAUAAAAUCAAUCCCCUAACUCCUGUAUAUAUACCUCCGCAUUUUAUUUUGAACUUUUUUUUUGUAGCUGUGCAGUAUUUUGUAGCCAGAACAUUGUAUAUUUCAACAGUAUGUCUCAAUUAGUGUCUCUGUUUUUGUAGAGUCUACCAUCGGUUAGACAAUGUUGUGUCUAGUUAGUCGUAGUUUCUGUCUGCCCUUAACAGUUACGUUAUACCGGACUCUGUGACUUUUCAGGACUGAAGUCUUGUGAUUUUAAGGAGGGGUAGGGGUUAUAUGUCAAGACAUUUGCAGGUAUGUUUGUGUUUUUUCCUAACCCAUGGGAAACACGACAUGGACAAAGUUUUUGAAGACCUCUGCUUGGACUCUGGUGGAGAUUUCACAGAAAGGAUUUUAGAGGAGCCAGUCGGAGAAUGGGUUAUGUUACUAAUAUGAUUUUAGAGGAGCCAGUCGGAGGGUUAUGUUACUAAUAUGAUUUUAAGUUAAUUUAACAUGUUUUAUUAUUUUAAGGUUUCUAGCCCCCCCAAAGAUCAAAUCUUUGAGUCUGAUAUGAAAUAUCACAUUGUUAGUAGUGUAAAAAACCUUAGAGGACACAAAGCUAAGGCUUCUGGGUAACUGUAUAGGACGUGUAAGCAGCAUAUGUUCCACCAUUCUGGUUCAAGUGACGAGAGAAUGUAUCUCGAGGUGAAUACCGUGGAUACCGUUGUCAAAGGAGAAUUAAACUUGUUCGAAUCGCUUUCUCUUUUUUUCUUCGCUCUCUCUGUAAAUGGUAACAAUCUUUUAUAUGAAGCGAUUGAGGAGUGAGCCUCCGCUCAUUCUGAGGGAGAAGCAGUGUAUCCGCGUGUGGUGGUACUGCUUCUGUCCCAGCUUAGUGGAUACACGUCACAGACUCCAGUAGGAAGUCACUUGUGGGCACACGUAGUGGAGGGGGUAGCCCUUUUAAAUUGUAUCCGUGCCUCUGAGUAGAUAUAAAUAAAAGUGCUGAAUUAUGUCAGAACUGUAUAGCCUACUGUGUCAUUUUGUUAGGUUUGUCAUUGAAUAAAAAUGUUUAUUUCAGCAGUAAUAUCUCCUAUUCCAACAUAAUCCUGGGCUACAUCGUUGGACACAACUGAAUGUAGUGUUGAGCUAUACAUUAUAUUCUGUUGAGGUAAAUACAGUAUAUUGUGAAGGAUAUACAGUGCAUUCGGAAAGUAUUCAGACCCCUUGACUUUUUCCCCAUUUUGUUACGUUACAGCCUUAUUCUAAAAUGGAUUAAAUUAUUAUUUUCCCUCACCAAUCUACACACAAUACCCCAUAAUGACAAAGCAAAAACAGGUUUUUAGAAAUGUUUGCAAAUGUAUAAAAAAAAUUAAAACGUACCUUAUUUACAUAAGUAGUCAGACCCUUUUCUGUGAGACUCGAAAUUGAGCUUAGAUGCAUCCUGUUUACAUUGAUCAUCCUUGAGAUGUUUCUACAACUUGAUUGUAGUCCACCUGUGGUAAAUUCAAUUGAUUGGACAGGAGUUAAAUAAAACACAUUUGAAAAGGCACACACCUGUCUAUUUCAAGGUACCACAGUUGAGAGCUUCGUUUUUUGCUCUGACAUUUACUAUGAAGUGGAAGGAAAUGUCCGUAGAGCUCUUGACAGGAUUGUGUCGAGGUGCAGAUCUGGGGAACGGCACCAAAAUAAAUUCUACAUCUUUGAAGGUACCCAAGAACACAGUGGCCUCCAUCAUUCUUAAAUGGAACAGGUUUGGAACCACUUAAAACCAAAGGUUCAUUGUGUUAAAUUGACCGCAGGAUAGGUAUGCAAGUAUAUUGUUAUAUUGAGAAGUGGCAAAUAAAUGCAUCUACUUACAUAAGUGA